AUGUCCACCCCGAAGGGUCCCUUCCGCCUCGUCACUGUCAACACUGCGCCCGAGCGCGCCAAACGGCUCAUUGGGCGGGUGGCCGACACGCUGAAAGAGCAGUACACCAUCAUCCACGUGGACAACUGCGAGAAGAUCGAGGAAGUCGAGCCCAAGGUGAAGGAACUCCUCCCGGACGUUCUAUUCAGCGCAUCCAUGUGGACCGACGAUGAGGCCCGCCAGAUCCAUGAGACGGCCAGGUCGAUCAAGCCUGAUAUUAAGCUGCAUGCUAUUCCUACUGGCUUGCAGGUCGAGCGUGGGCCUGAUGCUAUUGUCGAAUAUCUCUGCGAGAAGGUGCCGCCGCUGCUGGACAGCUAG